AGCAUUAUUGUGAACGGUAGAUGGCAAUUGUAAAUAUUAUGGUGAAGAGAAUCAUUCGAUUGAGUUAAGUGAAACGCUUCGAAGUUGCAGAAAAUAAAACUCAAAUUUUGUUAUAAAAAAAAUGAACAAAAAGUUAAGCACAAAAUUAACUAUUAAAAAAUCACCGAAAAUGGAAAAUAAUUUCGUGUCAACAAAAAUUAUUCAUGUGGCAAGUAUCACGCCGAAAAGUAAUUAUCAUAAAAAUUGUUUGUCACCAUAUGUCAACUCUAAGGGAAUCGGGUUUGUAAGGAAAAGUUCUGAUGGUCGUAUUAAGAAAAGGUGUUCAGUAUAUGUCUCCAAAUCAGAAAGGAACCACAAUAUUAAUGUGAUAAGUAUUAAAUCAAAUGCAAGAACAAUUUCAACUGAUUCAAAAAAUUCUGCUUAUCAAAAUUCAACGGAAAUGCUGAAGCAUCCUCGAGUGGAAAUACUUAAAAGUGUGAACAACAAUAAAACUAUUACACCUCAGCAUUCACGUUCAGUAGCAACAAAUCAGAUAAAAAUCGAUCACAGAAGCUGUACAAAAUCCAAGACAGCAAAAAGUGGAUAUUUAGAUCGAAAUUUGUCAUACAAUACGGAAUACAAAGACGACUUUAUUGAAUUCCAGCUGGAACUGGAUUCAUAUCACAAAUUAUCUCCCACAUUUUUAACAAAAAAUAUUUCUGCUGAGCAGAGGAGAUUGUCGAUAAAAAAUCUUUUGAAAUUUGCCGCGGAGUCUAAUUUUCCAUCUUACGUUAUUUUUCAAAGUGUGAGAAUUUCUGAUGCAAUGAUAGAUUUAAAAAAUGUUAAAGAGGAUUGGGAAUUAGAGUUUAUUAAUUUAUCUGCUUUAUGGAUCUCCUUAAAGAGACUUCAUCCCUAUGAUGAUAUUCCAAGUAUUAAGAAACUGAUGAGAUGGAAAAAUGACAAGAAUGGAAUAGAAAAAUUAAUAAUCGAUUGCGAAAAGGAUAUUCUGAAGACACUAAAUUUUGAAAUCUCCUUUCCUGAUCCAAUUUCAAUGGUGGUCCUUUGUUUAAAAAAUGUGGACGAUGAUUAUCCAUACGAAUUAAUGUAUUACACUUCACUUUAUAUGAUUGAUCUGAUACUGCUAAACGAAUACUUUUCGCAAAUUCCCGUUUCCAUUCUGGUAAUUGUAACAGCGCAAAUAUCAUUGUUCACUUCAGUGGAUGGCGUAGAAAAUAUGAAAUACCCACCCUGGCAUUUUUGGAGGUCACAGUUCCCAAAAAUGUUAAGUGCGAAAGAAAGUGUUCCAGACUUCGUUGUGGAAAUAAUCAGAAAGAAAUUAAUAAGGAUUGCUCUUCUUUCACAAAAUCCAGAAUCUGAUUACGCUGCAGUUUACGAAAAAUGUAAGACCUCAAGAUUCGGGAAAGUAUCAAUAAUAAUUGAAAAAAGACUUAACACGCUUAUGGAAUCUGAAUACGAAUGAGAAUCGAAUUAUUUAAUAAUUUAGAGAAUUUUUUAUCAUUUUAAGAGAUUGAGAAUUUUAAAUAAAUACCAUGUUUAUAAAAA